GCGAUGCCCCGGAUUGUGGCUGGGCUGCCCCUGUCCCUGCCUGGGCUCCCCUCCCGCCGCCGGCGGAGUCUCCUGCCCCGUUCCCCGCCGUCCUGCCCCGAGGGCAGUGCGAGAGGGAAGGAAAGAGGAACGCCCGAGCUGUGCCCCCGGGACGAUGGAGAGGCGCCGGGGUAGCGAUUCCUAACCUCGGUCCCUCGCUCGCAGCAGCUUUUCCCACCUCAGUAUCCCGGAACAGGAAAGUCCCAGUUCAGCUUGCCCCCAUAAGAUCCUGUCUCCCUCCUCCCGCUCCCCUCCCUCUGCCCCUUCCUGCCUCUAGCCCUUGCGGGAGGAACCUCUUCUCUCCUUGUGGGACGGGGCUGACUGCUCGGGGCAGCUGCCGAGGCGGCGGGUUAUGGGGUCUGGGCUCCGGGAAUCAUCUACCUGGGCUCUGCCCCCAGUCCUGAGCCAGCGGUCCGGUGUCCGGCGGGCAGGGCUGCCUUGAGCUCUCAGGGUUGAGCUGAGAUCCUGAAGUUAGUGAUUCUUUUGUUUAUUUGCUUGUUUUGAUUUUUUUUUUCUCUGCCCUCGUUGCUUCUGAAGUGCCUCUAAGAUUUGCAGAGAGCGAGGGGGAGAGAGAGACUGGGGGAGGAGGAAGAAUUAAGGAAGGGAAAAGAUGGCGAGUUGCUGGAGAAGCGUGGAGAAAGCGGCAUUUUUGUGCUGCUUCUUGCUGGCAAUGGGGAGCCUAAUCUCCUGCGCCCGCCCGGAGGAGGAGGAAGAGCAAGAAGAGCAGCGCUCCUGUCACGGUGCCUUUGAUCUCUACUUCGUCCUGGAUAAAUCUGGAAGUGUCAGAAAUCACUGGACUGAGAUUUACUCUUUUGUGGAAAGCCUAGCGGAGAAGUUCAUAAGUCCAAUGUUGCGGAUGUCUUUCAUUGUGUUUUCUUCACGAGGCACUACAAUCAUGAAACUAACAGAGAACAGGGAAGCCAUAAGACGAGGACUCGACAUUCUUCGGGAUGAAGUGCCUGGAGGAGACACGUUCAUGCAUGAAGGAUUUAAAAGGGCAAAUGAGCAAAUUUACCACGAAACCUAUGGAGGAGUUCGGACUGCUAGUGUGAUUAUUGCUCUGACGGAUGGAGAAUUGCAAGAUGCUCAGUUUUAUUAUGCAGAACAAGAAGCCAACAGAGCCAGAAGCUUUGGAGCUAUUGUUUAUUGUGUUGGAGUGAAAGAUUUCAAUGAGACUCAGCUGUCAACGAUUGCUGACAGCAUCGAUCAUGUUUUUCCAGUAAAGGGAGGCUUUUAUGCCCUAAGAGGAACAAUUGAUUCAAUUCUCAAGAAAUCUUGCAUUGAGAUCCUAGCGGCUGAGCCGUCCAGUGUUUGUGCAGGAGAAUCCUUUCAAGUUGUGGUAAGAGGCAACGGCUUUUACCAUGCAAGAAAUAUUGACCAAGUACUCUGCAGCUUCAAGCUCAAUGACAGCCUUACUAUCAAUGAAAAACCGACUCUUAUUCACGAUACUUACUUACUUUGUCCGGCACCAGUGAUAGAAGAUGUUGGACAGGUGGUUUUCCUACAAGUCAGCAUGAACAAUGGGCUAACGUUCAUCUCCAGCUCUGUCAGCAUCACCAGCACACAUUGUCUGACUGGGACCAUCCUUUUCAUUGCUCUCCUGAUUCUCUUCCUGCUGCUGGCUCUGGCUCUACUGUGGUGGUUUUGGCCCCUUUGCUGCACAGUGGUGAUCAAGGAGCCGCCACCACCACCACCCCCAGAGCCUGAAUCAGAUGAUGAAGAUGGAUUGCCAAAGAAAAAGUGGCCAACUGUGGAUGCAUCUUAUUAUGGAGGUCGAGGUGUUGGUGGGAUUAAGAGGAUGGAGGUGCGAUGGGGAGACAAGGGGUCAACAGAGGAAGGAGCAAAAUUGGAGAAACCCAAAAACGCUAUUAUUAAGUUACCAGAACAGGAGUAUGAGCCCUGGGAACCUAAGCCAAAGAAGCCCCAUGUGAGAAAACCACCUUCCCAGCGAAAAUGGUACACUCCCAUCAAGGGCAAACUUGACGCACUGUGGGCUUUGGUUCGACGGGGCUAUGAUCAAGUCUCUCUUAUGAGACCACAGCCAGGGGAUAAGGGAAGAUGCAUAAACUUCACUCGUGUGAAAUCAGAUGGAACCUCUGCCCCUUACAGCCCGCCACCGAAGCUGCCACGACGUGACAAUAUUCCCCUCAACAAUGCUCCAAGGAUUUCUUCUUCUCCUGUGUCUCUGCAACCCCCUUCCAGGCAGCCACCUCCUGGACCACCGCCAUCCCGAGCCCCUCCUGGACCUCCUCCUUCACGCCCACCCCCGCAGCCUAUGGCUUAGAGUGCAGCAAAACCCUGAUCGACACAACAUGUCUCUUUGCUGAACACAGCAUAUUUAUUGAGUAUUGGUUUACAGUUAAAGAUAUCAGAAUUUGUUGCUGGUCAGCAAAAAAAGAAGGGAAAAAAAAAAGAAAAAUAGCUAAGUGUCAAUUUUAGUAUAUGACUAUAUUUAUACCACACGUGCUGAGUAAACAUUCAGUGGAUAGAUUCAGAGCUAUGGGAUAUAGAAACAAAUAAAUAUGAUCAUCUAGA